GGCCUAAAGACCGGCUCCUUCUUCUACCCGGGCGGGAACGUGACCUACCAGGGAGAGGCCGUGACGCUGAGCCGGAAGGAAGGCGUCUGGCACAAUUACAGCGACGAGCAGGAGUGGAGGGCGAACGUGGACACGGUGAUGGGCUGGUUCACCCAUGAGGACCUGGCGCUGGUCACGCUCUACUUCGGGGAGCCGGACUCCACGGGCCACAAGUAUGGGCCCGAGUCCGCCGCGCGGAGGGAGAUGGUGAGGCAGGUGGACAGGACCGUGGGCUACCUGCGGGACAGCAUCGCACGGCACGGCCUCAGCGGCCGCCUGGACCUCAUCGUCACCUCCGACCACGGCAUGACCACCGUCGCCAAGACGGCCGGAGACCUGGUGGAGCUCCACAGGUUCCCCAACUUCACCUUCCGGGACAUCGCCUUCGAGCUUUUAGACUACGGGCCCAACGGCAUGCUGAUCCCCAAGGAGGGGAGGCUGGAGGCGGUGUACGGGGCGCUGAAGACGGCGCACCCCCGGCUGCACGUCUACAAGAAGGAGGAGUUCCCCCCGGCCUUCCACUACGCCGGCCACCCCAGGAUCACCCCCCUGCUCAUGUACAGCGACCUCGGCUACGUCAUCCAUGGGAGAGUGAACGUCCAGUUCAACAAUGGGGAACACGGCUUUGACAACAACGACAUGGACAUGAAGACCAUCUUCCGGGCCGUGGGCCCGAGCUUCAAGGCCGGCCUGGAGGUGGAGCCCUUCGAGAGCGUGCACGUGUACGCGCUCAUGUGUGAGCUGCUGGGCAUCGAGCCCGAGCCCAAUGACGGGGACCCCGGCGUCCUGCGGCCCACGCUCCGCUCAGCCGCCCCGCUCCUGCCCCGCCGCCCGCCCCCCCUGCCGAUGGCGCUGCUGGGAGCCAUGGUCCUCUUGGCCAAAAUCCACGUGGCUCUCCAGAGCGUGGGCUUCGGGGGACCCAGCAAUGCUGGCAAGAGCCCUGAGCCUAUGAAGCCUGGGGUCAUGGCAGCUGUGUCCACGCAGGCUCCGGAUGCACCAGCCUGCAGGCCACAGCCUCUGGAGCGGCUGCCUCCUCCCAAAAGGCCUGGCCCUGGGCUGCAGGCUCCUGGCCCCAGGAUCCUGGGUGGAAUGGCCCCUGGCGGCUGCAGCUGCACCCUGGACCCCAAAGCCCGUGCUCCACGCCAGCUCUGGCUGCGUGUCCAGGCCCCAGCCGGCCAAGUUGAAGGUCCCAAGCUGGCCAAACGCAUCCCAACAGCUGAGGUAGACAUCCCUGUUCUCCGCAGCCUGAAUCUGCCUCAGCUGGACUCAUCACGUCGGUGUUUACAACAGCAAACACAUGACGACAACAGGGGCUGGGAAG